AUGAUCACCCGCAAAAUCGUUCCACUAAUAUUCUUUGCCUCAGCAAUAUUAAACCAUCUAUUACCUGAAAGUGGAACUUGGAAAACAAUUCUCGGAUACACAGCGACGGUCGCUAUAGUAGGUUCACUUCUUGAAUUAAGCAGUUUUUUUCAUCAAAUUCUGAAAUUCGAUGAGGUAAAACGGCAUAGAAAUGAGUUGCUGAUUGGAUACAUGGCAGUGAUUCUAUGGGCGAUGAGAUCAAGAUAUUUACUGUAUUAUUCGGGAUACAAUAAAAAGACUGUGUCCAGCCUUCAACUCAUUGCGUUAAUUUAUGCUGUCAGUAUAUAUUCCUUCCUGUGGUUCAUCCCUCAUGGUACUCCACAUCGAAACACUCCACAUUCCUCGGAAUUCACCAAAACCCAGAUACUUCUCGUCAUUGCUCAUAUUUACCUAGUGUCUGCCGCUAUUGAUGUGUUUAAUUGGCUUCAAGUUUUUGCAUGGAUGCUUUCUUUUGCGAGCUCUCAACACCUCUAUAAGAUUUUGGUUAGCCAGAGCCCUGAGCCUAUUCCUGAUAAUACCCGACAAGAUGAGAGGGAUCUUGUUAGAAAUCGUGCAAAAGCAAAAGCAGAAAUGCCUGACAAUCGGGAGGAGGAGGCCCACUCCCUCAUGAUCCUCAUCAAAUACGUUUGUCCUCUCCUUGUUUGGAGUUUUCUAGCUUAUCUGGUAAUCGACAAACUCCAACCAGCAUACUACACUGAUGCUCUCGUACUUUUUAUUUUCAUAUUAUAUUCUACAAUCCUUUUGUCAGUUCUUGCAUCUUCUGGAGUUAUCCUUGUCCUCAGUGACUUUUCGAAGGCUACACGAAUUAAAUUUGAGUUGCUGAUUGGGAAUGGAGCAGCUGUGAUGUGUCCAAUCGUGUCCACGUUUUUGAUGAGUUCAUUGAAAGUUGAUGAGAAGGGAAUACUCUUCCCGCAAUUCAUCAUGCUUGGCUCUGCUUUUGUCUUCUUUUACCUACCAUAUCUCCGCUCAUCCCUCUACCAACUACCAGCACCAUUCCAAAAGAUACACAAAGUUUUUCUAGUGACUCACGGAGCUAUGAUAUUUUUAUUGAUAAAAAACUAUACAGCAGAGACAUCCGUGAUUUGUUUGAUGCAAGCUGUAAUGUGGAUUUUGUCAUUUGUGGGAAUCCAUGAGUAUUGGAAUAUUUAUUGGAGUGAUUUGAUAGUUCCAAGCGGAUAUGAAUGCACAAUCUGUCUUGUUGAGUACAGUACCACCAGGACUCCGAGAAUGCUCACAGGGUGUGGGCACACGAUUUGUGAGGAGUGCGCUGGUCAAUUGUUGGAAAGAGGUACUAGUAAACCAUUCAAUGCAUACUACAUAGCCAGUAGGUCCAUUAGAUGCCCAUUCUGUCGGGAGAAUACAGUACUACAAGGUACCGUGCAGCAGAUGCCAAAGAACUAUGCGUUGAUGGAAAUUAUUGGGAUUUGA